ACUCUAUGCUCUUUGUACAUUAUGACCUUAUAUUUUCCAUUGUUCCCAUCCUUUGGUCACCAAGUCAAUUUACUUUCAUUGAAGAGCUUCAGGGUCUAUGACAAUUGUUCAUAUUAUCAGUUCCUAUCAUCAGCUAUUGCCUAUUUUCUAUAUAAACAAUGAUUUUUACUUCUUAGGAGGGAGCCUUCAAAGGUGUUUCUGAAACAAGCUCCAGCUGGAGGGUGCCUUUUAAGCUGUUUGAGGUCAGGAUGAAUACAGACUCAAAGAAGAUUUUAUCCUUGGAUGUUCAAACUCCUGAGGUAUGGGAAGAACUUCUGACAGUGAAAAUGGAGGCAGAAAGUCACCUCCAAACGCAGGAAUCCAGACUGAAACGCAAUAAUCCAUUGGCAAGGGAAAUUUUCCGAAGGCGCUUUCGGCAGCUCUGCUACCAGGAGACCCCUGGACCAAGGGAGGCUCUUACGCGACUCCGGGAACUUUGCUACCAGUGGUUGAGGCCACAUGUGAGCACGAAAGAGCAGAUUUUGGAUCUGCUGGUGCUGGAGCAGUUCCUGUCCAUCCUGCCCAAGGAGCUGCAGGGCUGGGUGCGGGAACACUGUCCGGAGAGUGGGGAAGAGGCUGUGAUUUUGCUGGAGGAUCUGGAGAGAGAGCUGGAUGAACCACAAUAUGAGAUGGUAGCCCCCAGACAGGGGCAAGAAGACCUCUCUACAGAGACAGUGCCUGUCGGAGAACACACAUCACUGAGCCUUCAGUCUCAGCCUAAGGAGCCCCAGUUCACAUGUGACUCUGCUCAGGAGUCCCAUUCAAUUGGAGAGACAGAUAUGCUCAGUAGUUUGGGCAAAAGGGUAGGACUGAUCCCUCUUGUGGCCCAUUUCUUCUCUGCAUACACAUUUCUGUUUUCCAAACCUGUUGUCAUCUCUCAGCUAAAAGGAGGGAGAGAACCCUGGUCUAACAACAGAGGAGUCCUAAGAGAUGAAAUGACCAACACUGAGGACAGAGAGUUGGUGCUAAGGAAAGACUGUCCUAAGAUAGUGGAGCCACAUGGGAAGAUAUUUUAUGGACAGAUCUGGGAGGUAUCACACCAGGGUCCCCAACAUGGAGAAGUUGGUGGACAUAGGGGUCAGAUAGAGGGGCAGUGGGGAAGCCCCUUAGGAGAGGGGCAGCACAAAUGUGAUGAAUGUGGGAAGAGCUUUGCUCAGAGCUCAGGUCUCAUUCGACAUCAAAGAAUUCACACUGGAGAAAGACCCUAUGAGUGUAAUGAGUGUGGGAAGACCUUCAGUCGGAGUUCUGGUCUUUUUAAUCACCGAGGAAUCCACAAUAUCCAGAAACGGUACCACUGUAAGGAGUGUGGGAAGGCCUUCAGUCAGAGUGCGGGUCUUAUCCAGCAUCAGAGAAUCCACAAGGGAGAAAAGCCCUAUCAGUGCGGCCAGUGUGGUAAGAGCUAUAGUCGGCGUUCGUUUCUCAUUGAGCAUCAGAGAAGCCACACCGGGGAGCGCCCUCACCAGUGCAACGACUGUGGGAAGAGCUUUAAUCGCCACUGCAACCUCAUCCGCCAUCAGAAGAUCCACACCGUGGCUGAGCUGGUCUAGUCCUUGCUAUGUGCAAGUUUUCCAGAUCAUUGGCCAAGUCGAGUGGGGUAGCUUAAGACUAGAAAAGGCCUUUCUUCCUGUCUCCGCUAAAUGUAUUUUAGAACAAAUGCUGACCUCUGGUCUGAGGACAUCCAAAAAGGAAUGUUCGGGUUUUUGAAGCUGCUGCUUUCCCUUUGGUUCCUUUACUCCUUCCCAGUUCUGACUACUCCCAUGCCCCUUAUUUAUUCUCUUUGAGAUGGCUGCUAAACCUUCCUAAUAAUGUAAUAAAUGGUAUCGCUGUAGCCAACUUGCCUG